AUGGAAGGACGUUUAAUAGAAUACCGUCCAAUUGGCGGUGGUCUCGACUAUCAUCACAAUUCUCCAUUAAUUGGUGAAAUACCACCGGGCGGUGAGUAUUCACAAGCCGUACACCGAUCCAUAGAUCAAUUAAGAAAUACCCUAAACGAACGUGUUACCUUAGGACCAUUAAGCGUUUUUUCGAAUACCGCCGAUUUGAGAACAUCUGUUCUCAAUUACACGCAACAAGCGUCGCAUCAACAACAACAGCAGCAGCAUCAACAACAACAGCAACAUAAUCAGCAGCAGCAACAACAACAUCAGUCACAUUAUCAAAUACAAGGUGCAGUAUCGACAACAACAACACCAAACGGUUCAGUGGCUGAGGCAGUGUUGUUGCAUCAGAAAUCAUUGUGUUUAGAUACGAAGUUGGCCGAUUCCACUACAGGGGUGGUUAGUUCAACUGUGAGUUCAGGUGGUCGUGGUCGUAAAUCACGAAUUUACCCACCAAAUCCUAAUCAACACAUUGUUGUGACCAGUAACAGUGUGGACAAUGGCGGGACACGACAUCACAAUCGUCAACAGCAGCAACAGAACCAGCAGACGAAUGAUAGCAACAAUGGCAUAUCAUCGUCCACGUCAUCGCCGCAUCAUCAAAUGCAAUUACAGGAUAUUAAGGAUACUAAGAUCUUCACCUCCAAAGCAGAUCUUCAGCUGCACACCCAAAUGCAUAUGCGCGAAUCGAAACCCUACAAAUGCACCCAGUGCUCCAAAGCAUUUGCCAACUCGUCAUAUCUGUCACAGCAUACGCGAAUACAUUUGGGCAUCAAACCGUACCGCUGUGAAAUUUGCCAGCGUAAAUUCACCCAGCUGUCACAUCUGCAGCAGCACAUUCGAACGCACACGGGCGACAAACCGUACAAGUGUCGACAUCCCGGCUGUCAGAAGGCAUUCUCGCAGCUGUCGAAUCUACAGUCUCACUCACGUUGCCACCAAACCGAUAAACCAUUCAAAUGUAAUUCGUGCUACAAAUGUUUCUCCGACGAACCCUCAUUACUCGACCACAUACCCAAGCACAAGGAGUCGAAACAUUUGAAGACCCACAUUUGUCAGUAUUGCGGCAAAUCCUAUACCCAGGAGACAUAUCUGAAUAAACAUAUGCAAAAGCAUGCCGAGCGUACCGACAAGCGGCCGCCCAUUGUGGUGACAAAUGCUGGUAACAAUCCGGCCGGUGGUAGUGGCACACCUGCAGCUGGCGGUGGAACAGCGGCAUCUACAACCGCCACCACAACAACAGGUAAUAAUAGUAAUCCUGCAGUAGGUUCAAAUCCAUCUACUAAUAAUGGUUCGGCUACAACAGGUGUAGGAGCAGCAGGAAGUGGAGGAGGAGGAGGUGGUGCCGGAACGACCAAUACAACAACCACAGGUAUUGUUGCUGGGGUGCACAAUCAGCAUAAUCGCAACAAUUUGACAUUGCCUCCGGUAACAAUAGCACCCACCGAUAAUUCGUACUGGCCCAAAGUAAGCCCCGACUCAGCGGCUAAUUUAAAUGAUGUUAUGCAUCAACAGCAGCAGCAACAAUCCCAGCAACAACAUCACAACCAACAUCCACAUCAGCAGCAACAACAACAGCAGCAUCAUAACGGCCAGCAGGGUACAUCUCAACACCAUCCGCAACAACAAACCAAUCCACAGCAGCAGCAACAACCUUCCUCUCAGCAACAAGGUCACAUGGACUAUGGCAAUCACCAACAGCAGCAGCAACAACAGGGCGGCAAUGCGGGACAAUCGAAUAAUCCGCAUAAUGAUCUACAAGGUCAUCAUCGCAUGAAUGAUAAUGGCCGAGAAGAUAUUGUCUCGACACCAUCCACCGUUGGACCCUACGAUGCAUCGAGCAUUACCAAAACCACCACAAAUUCAGCAUUUACACCGAUCAACUCUAUGCCUCCGCACUUGAACACCCUGUCACAUCAUGCCAUGGCCCAGCGUCCGUAUUUGUAUGACGCCAUCAGUUUUCAGAAUAAAAAUGUAAAUCAAAAUAAUGCCUCGAAUGCAUUUCCAAAUCAACUGAUAUCGUUGCAUCAGAUACGUAACUAUGCCCACCAGCCGGGUGGCCUAACAAUGGCCGGUGAACAUCUAUUGGGUGUUAGUGUGGGCCCCGGCAAGGAUAAGGGAUAGCUAUAUUUCUAA